AUGCUUUAUGAUAACGAUUUAAGAAAAUCUCUUAUUAAUAAGGUUGUCGAUUAACUUCAUAAUGCUUAAAUUGAAGCCGAAAAGUUAGCAGACUUUAAAAUCGAUUUCAAUCAACUAAAUAAGAGAUUAAUAGAAUUUUCACAAGAAGUAAUUGAACUUUGGAGAAAGAAUUAUUCUUAACGAGAGUACGGGUUGUACAAAGAGAGGUUGCAGUAAUUGAUUGGAAUGCAUAAACAUUAAGUAUCGAAAGCGGCUGAUUAGUCGAGAUCAAGAAAUACAACUAAGAAAUUAAGCAAACCUUCUAGUGAAAAUGAAAUCAGUAGUUAAACUAAAGUUAAAUAUCAAAGUGGACAGGAAUAAAUUUCUACUCCAUAAUAAAUGCAAAUAUUAAAAGAGGAUGACUUUUCUGAUAUUUCAUUCGCCUCUUUGACAAGCAGUAAUUCGGAGACAAUACAAGAAAUCAUAGAACAUUCAGAAAAAAAUGUUCAAGGUUUCUGUUAGGUUCAUAAUUGUAGAGAAUUAAAGAUCAUAAGGGAAAUCUUCAGAUAAAAAAUAGAUAUCAAUGAAUUAUAGAUGGCAUUAGAAGAGAUCACCUCAUUAAAGUCAUAAAUUAGAAUGAAAUUGCAGAAGGAAAAUCAAAAGAUUUAGGUUAUGCAUGAGAGACUGAUUGAGGGAUAAAAUAAACUCAAACGAAUGGAAGAAUAUGAAAAAGACUAAUCAAAAAUGAUAAUGUUGAAAAAAAUUGCAUUAAACCUAGAGUGA